GCUGGCAAUUGUUUGUAUUUUUCUUCGCUGUUUUGUUUUAACAAAAAUAUUAACAUUUUUCUUUGCCAAUCAACAACAAGUAUAUUGCCAAUUGCUUCAGUACGAAACCGUUUGCCACAGCGUCAAUAAUUUAAAAUUUAUCGAGUGACACGAGUGAAUUAAUGUAGUGUUUAUAUUAUUAACAUGUGUGUGUGUGUAAGCAAAAUAAAAAUACGUGGUGUCCGAUUGUACAAUGUUUGAAAACAAUUUAUUAUCUUAUCUACAUUUUCAGAUUUUAUACAUUUAAGACGGACGGCGGGAGCAAAGUUUGUUAAGUUUACUUAAAGUGCAUGAUAUUGUGCCAACAAGUGCAUUUAUUGUUGAAUUGGAGAAAGUUUUCAUUAACGGUUUGCAGUUGAAUACACAUUUGAGAAACGCAUGCGGCUGGCGCUACUUUCUGAAGCCCUUGAACUAAUAAUCUUGCAAGUAAAUAACCUGAUAACGGCAUUUCUUGUGUGAUACAAUAUUAUUUCAACAUGUUGGCUUAUUCGGGGCACAUUAUGACGCUGGCCAAUAGUAUUAUUGGCGUGGGAAUACUGGCCAUGCCGUUUUGUUUCCAAAAGUGCGGCAUAGUGCUCUCUGUUCUGUUGCUCAUCAUCAGCAAUUGGAUUACUCGCAUAUCUUGUCAUUAUCUAAUAAAAUCCUCACUGUUGACACGGCGUAAAAGUUUCGAGUUUUUGGGCUUUCAUGCGUUCGGUUCUUCAGGCAAAUUACUUGCGGAGUUAUGUAUUAUCGGUUAUCUUUUCGGCACGUCCAUCACAUAUUUCGUGGUGAUGGGUGAUUUAGGACCGCAAAUCGUUACAAAAAUGUUUUCACUUAACACGGCUGACUUUCCACACCUACGCACGUGGGUGAUGAUAGCUGUAACCGUCUUCUGCAUAUUGCCCUUGGCUAUGUUGAAGAAUGUUGAUAGCCUUUCAACAGUAUGUGCUGCAUCGAUUGGAUUUUAUGUUUGUUUGGUUGUGAAGAUUGUACUAGAAUCCGAGGCACAUAUUGUAACGCAUGAUUGGGUGGAGAAAGUGGAGUAUUGGCGGCCUGCGGGUAUUUUACAAUGCUUACCCAUCUUCAGUAUGGCGUUGUCAUGUCAAAUGCAACUUUUUGAAGUGUUCGAGAGCAUCAAUAACCAAAGCGUGGAAAAGUUGAAUGGGAUUGUACGUAACGCCACUUGGAUUUGCACUUUUGUGUAUAUAGCCGUCGGAUUCUUUGGUUAUGUCGCCUUUUGUACUCAAACCUUUUCGGGCAAUAUUUUGAUGAACUUUUCACCCUCCUUUGGCAGCGAUGUUAUAAAAAUUGGAUUUGUGCUUUCGGUUGCAUUUAGCUUUCCGCUAGUCAUAUUCCCCUGCCGUGCUAGUAUUUACUCGCUACUCUAUCGCAAGGGUCACACUGAUAACAGUGGUUAUAUACCAGAGACUCGUUUUAAGGUCAUAACCACCUGUCUGGUGGGUUGUGCACUCUGUAUUGCGCUCAUGAUACCGUCCGUUGAGCUAGUAAUCGGUUUGGUGGGCUCCACUAUUGGCGUUGCGAUUUGUAUCAUGUUUCCGGCAUUUUGUUUUCGAAAAAUCGUGAAGAAAGACUCGACAGAGCGUUCUUUGGCGCAGUUUAUAUUCAUUAGCGGGUUUUUUCUCAUGAUUUUGGGCACAUUUGCCAAUUUGAAUGCCAUCGAUGAACAGCGUUCUGGUGCGCAUUUACAUGUAGUUAACGAACUCGAAAAUACGAAUUUAUUGCGACCAACUGAGAAAAUAAAUGUGAUACCCUUAGACUCAGCGGUAGCACAACCGCAAAUAGAUAAACUGAGAAUGGAAAAAACACUUGUUGAUUUGAAGUUAAAAAAUAAUAUUUUGGAGUCAGAGGCAAAGAAAAAGUCUGAUUAUUUGAUGAGUGCCACACCUGUGCAAAUAAUAUCGCAGCCAGCGGCAGUUGUUAUUAAUAAAAACAUAGAAUUACCGAAAGCAAAUGUGAUAGCAGAAAACCCAGAGAAUAUAUUGAAUGUAAUGCCACUUAAACCAGAGGCGCCACUUAUUGUUGAGGCAAUAAAGCCAAAAAAUGACGCUGCGGAAGUAGACGAAAGCAUAAAGCAACCAGUUGGAGAAGAAGCGGCGUCGGAACUUAAGCCGCUACAACAAAAUCCACUACCACAUGAAGCGUUAGCGCCACAACAACCAAAUAUUGAAACACUACCGAAGCAGGCAGAGCAAAAUGUGCCAGAAAAUCAGCAACCGCAAACCAUAGAUAAGGAUGCUAUCCAGAAGGAUGAGGAAAUUGCCGCUGAAGAGUUGAAGAAUGGACAAAAGUUGACCAAAAGCAGCAAUGAUGUAGAGCUUAAAGAAACGCGCAAAGAACUGAAAAAGACCAAAGAAUUGUUGGAACGCACUGUGGAUCAGUUGAAGCAUGAACUGGCCAAACAGAAUGAGGAAACGCAAAAUAUGGUGGCAGAAACGUUGGAGAAGGUAGUGCAAAAGGUGGAACAAAUCGAAAAAAAAGUGCAGCAUAAUGCGCCAGUCGAAGCACACGCACCAGCGGCAGCACCCGAGCCAGUGCCGGCGCAUAAACAACGCAGUGACUCGUCGCCGCAGCAAGCGGUUGCUAAUGCGCCGCAUGAAAGCGUAGUAGCGCCUAAAUACCACGAGGAGGCACCUAAAAUUCCAAACGUACCAAAUCGUCUGGACGAAAGACCAUCGCUGCUGAGUAUACUUUCGGAACAGCAAGCAGAUGUGAGCAAGAACAGUCCGCAGCAUGUUUAUGAACCGUUAUCUUAUAAAACCGGCGAACUUAUUGAGAAAGUGAAAAAUGGCAGUCAAUUAGAAACGCGUUUGCCACUACCUUUGGCCGUAUUGUUUAAUGCUUCAUCCAUAAACACCAACAACAAGUCAAAUAAUAUACAAAUACGUGAAGUGGGCGACAAAUAUCCCUUGAAUACCACACAACACAUCGCCGAUAAUGCCAAUGCUAAUGCCACCAUUAACCUUAAGACUGAUAAUGCAACACAAGUAAAAGUAAAUGAGCAACCUUCCGCGAGUUUAGCUCAAACACCUAGUGACAAGGAGAAGGAGAAUGUGGAGGCGAUACGCCGCGAAAUACUGCAAUUAAAGUCCGAGAAGUUGAAGGAAUUUCCAUCAUUUGGCGUAACGGACACUGACAUCGACAUAAUAGCGGCCAAUGCCGAGCAUAUAAGGCGUAAGAGGGCGAAUACGCCCAACUUUGCGGAAAUCGAUACGAAAAUGCAAAGCAAUAAUUGUUUAACUGCACCCAAAGUGGACCAAUUGCUGUCGCAGGGUGGCAUAAGCAAUGCUAUUAAUUUGAAAUCGCAAACUUUUGGACGCGAAUUGCGUUCCAUAAGAGAGGAAAAUGAGGUGCAGCUUUAAAUGAAGAGGGUUUUGCUGUGCUUAAAGCUCAAGAAUUAACCUCUUUGACGAUUUUUCUAUUUAAUGUAUUUAGGGUUCAUUGCAUUUACUUAGAGAUUUUUGCAUUAAAUGUAAGCUGUUUUGUAUAUCCCAUUUACUCAACACAUACACAAAACCGUGUGUAUAUGUGUACGUACCAAAAGCAUUAUCUGCCAGUAUCAUUCCUACCGAUGGCUGCGUGUUUCACGUAGACCACCAUAUACUAAGUCGUUACUUAUAAACUGUCGACAAGCCUAUCUACCUAUUCCUAAAUGUAUAUAAUAUGAAUACUUUUUUGUGCGUGUGUGUGUCUAUGCAUGUUGACAAGACUUAAUAAAAUAAAUAUUUAUUUAUUUAAACUGGUGUAUAAUUUAUUUAUACAUCUACAAAUUCUAGAAUAUAUCUGAACUUUAUGUUAGCUAAUAUACAAUAUUUAAAUUGACGACAGAUUUUUUUUACACCCUAUACAAAUACAUAUAUUAAGUUUGCCAUGUAGUUUGUAAAUGUCGAAGACG